GUGACACGCAGCUUUGGUUGAAAGCGGGCGCGCAGAAGGGGAGGAGACGGUGGAGGAAUGGCCUGACUUUCCCGGUUAAAACAUCUUAAGCCCCAGACUGCAGAAGGACCACGCGCCUCCCAGUAGGAAAUGACUACGGCUCGAGACCCUGAACGCCAGAGCGUGUCGAUGACCACCUUUUUUCCCUGCCCUGGGAGCCAGACCUUGACACAAAGGACAUCAAACAGCAGUUGGGAAUAUCCGGAAGGGCGGACACUUUGACAUCGCCUUUUGCCACCUUUCCCUUUAUUUCCCAAGAUACUUACUGAGUGUCUCCAGUGUGCCAGGCAGCGGAUCUAUGCGCAUAGAGGAACCUUGGAAUGCAAUACAGCAGUACGUAUCCAGUGAUCAUCUCUUCUUGCUGAUUUAACAGGGGUAUCACACAUAUAUAUUUGCUGCUAUCUGCUACUACAUACACUCAAAACGAGAAAUUUGGACUAAUUGUUUUGACUAUAAAUAACUUCUAAACAUGAUGCAUUUCAAAAGUGGACUCGAAUUAACUGAGUUGCAAAACAUGACAGUGCCCGAGGAUGAUAACAUUAGCAAUGAUUCCAAUGAUUUCACCGAAGUAGAAAAUGGUCAAAUAAAUAGCAAGUUUAUUUCUGACCGUGAAAGUAGAAGAAGUCUCACAAACAGCCAUUUGGAAAAAAAGAAAUGUGAUGAAUAUAUCCCAGGAACGACCUCCUUGGGCAUGUCCGUCUUUAACCUGAGCAAUGCCAUCAUGGGCAGUGGGAUUUUGGGACUCGCCUUUGCCUUGGCCAACACUGGAAUCCUUCUCUUUCUGAUACUUUUGACUUCAGUAACAUUGCUGUCCAUCUAUUCAAUAAACCUUCUAUUGAUCUGUUCCAAGGAAACAGGCUGCAUGGUUUAUGAAAAGCUGGGAGAACAAGUCUUUGGCACCACAGGGAAGCUGGUCAUCUUUGGAGCCACCUCUCUACAGAACACUGGAGCAAUGCUGAGCUACCUCUUCAUAGUAAAAAAUGAACUACCCUCUGCCAUAAAAUUUCUGAUGGGAAAGGAAGAGGCAUUUUCAGCCUGGUAUGUGGACGGCCGAGUUCUGGUGGUGAUGGUUACCUUUGGCAUAAUUCUCCCUCUGUGUCUCUUGAAGAAUUUAGGAUAUCUUGGGUAUACUAGUGGAUUUUCCUUGAGCUGUAUGGUCUUUUUCCUCAUAGUGGUUAUCUACAAGAAAUUUCAAAUUCCCUGUGGUUUUCGAGAGCUAAAUUCAACAGCAAAUGCUAAUUCAACAAAUGCUGACAUGUGUACGCCAAAAUAUGUUACUUUCAAUUCUAAGACCGUGUAUGCUUUACCAACCAUCGCAUUUGCAUUUGUCUGCCACCCAUCAGUCCUGCCAAUCUACAGUGAGCUUAAAGAUCGAUCACAGAAAAAAAUGCAGAUGGUUUCAAAUAUCUCCUUUUUCGCCAUGUUUGUUAUGUACUUCUUGACUGCCAUUUUUGGCUACUUGACAUUCUAUGACAAUGUACAUUCAGACCUCCUUCACAAGUACCAGAGCAAAGAUGACAUUCUCAUCCUGACAGUGCGGCUAGCUGUCAUUGUUGCUGUCAUCCUCACCGUGCCGGUGUUAUUUUUCACAGUUCGUUCAUCUUUAUUUGAACUGGCUAAGAAAACAAAGUUUAAUUUAUGUCGUCAUGUCUUGGUUACCUUCAUACUCUUGGUUAUCAUCAACUUGCUGGUGAUCUUCAUACCCUCCAUGAAGGAUAUUUUUGGAGUCGUAGGAGUUACAUCUGCUAAUAUGCUUAUUUUCAUUCUUCCUUCAUCUCUUUAUUUAAAAAUCACAAACCAGGAUGGAGAUAAAGGCACUCAAAGAAUCUGGGCGGCCCUCUUUUUGGGCCUGGGGGUGCUGUUCUCCUUGGUCAGCAUCCCCUUGGUCAUCUAUGAUUGGGCCUGCUCAUCCGGUAGUGACGAAGGCCACUGAGACCAGCCAGAAAAGAAAGCAUUCCGGUCUGCUGCUCAUCAAGUCUCCACACAUCAGCAACUCCUCAUCACUUCUUUUGCAAGUUCACAGAAACAACAGAAAAGUACAAGAUACUUAAAAUGGAACAGCACUUUGGUUGCAAAUUGGAGGCCUGUUUCUGUAACAGUUUGUGCCCCUCCAACAUUUGGGAUCUCUUUAGGAAUGGUGGACCUUUCCCCCUAUCCUCAAAUUUCAUGCACUUAUAUUAUAAAGUACUUUUCAAGUCAGUUUCCAUUCUCCUAACUCUGUUUUUGUGGCUUUGUAGUCUCUUAGAAUUUUGAAAACAUGAUCACCAAUCGUGUUGACUUAUUAUAUAUCCAGGUUCUGAGAUAAUUUUCCUACUGAUGUUCAGCUCACACUAUCUGGGUCUUUUUAGAAAAGAAUCUUGAAUUGUAUAUAUUUAUUUUGCUUUAUAGGAAAAAAACCAGUUUUUCGUAAAUAAUUUGCCUAUUUUGGUUGACAUAGCACACCAAGUUAAUCAUAUGGGAGUCAUAGGGUACGUGCCAUUGCCUAAUCUGAGCACGCCCAUUGUUUGAGGCAGCUCAGAUCAGGGCCGUCCAGCUGCCUAGCAGGUACAACAUACUGCUCCCAUGAAAGAUAUUCCCUUGUGAGUGUCCUCAGAUAGGAAGAGGUUGGAAUAAUACCUUCAUAAAUAUAUUAAACUACACAUUUAUCUAAUCUUGCAAAUGAAGUUUGUUUUUUUUUUUUCCUUUUAGAAUCUUAGGUCAGAGUUCCUCUAGGCUAAGUGAGCUUCUACUGGGGGAGACCCCUGGCACCUGCCAUAAAAAGAUUGUCCAAGAUGCCUAAGAAAAUACUCCUCUGAUGUAGAUAGCCUUUAACUCUACACCUGUAUCAUUGAAGUGAGGGAAAUAUUUUAUUGAGUUUAUAAGCCCAGCAGCAUUUAUUUAGUCAUGUCCACCAGCUUUUUGUCAUAGAGAAUAAUGUGUCCCUAACUAAGGACGAUCUAGGUAAGUAAUUCCUAUUUUAUAUUGGGUACUUUAGGAGAGUCUUUAAUAGACUUGUUUUAUAUAAUAAAUCUAGGUUAUUACAAAUACAAGAUUUUUGUACCUCAAAUAAGCCUCAUUUCUCUUUCUUCUCCAUUAACUUUCCAUCCAGUCUUGAAAAUAAGCUUUCAGAGAGUCUUUGUGAAGAACCUUUGGUGAAAUCACUGUGUACCUUCCUUUUCCCCACAGGGAAGACGAGGGCCUCAGAGUCCGCACUCUCUCUCUUCUCAUUACUGUUCAUCUCAGCGUGGUUUGUGCAGCACAGAGUUGCCCCAAACUCUUACUCAGUCCCUCCCCUAAAGGGAGUGGAAAGAAACUAUGAAGAGAUGAAAUGAGAGAGCUUGUGACAAGGUAGCUGGAACAGGAAUGGGGGACACAAAGGACACCCAGAUAGCAACCCCCAAAGCUGGGCCAUCCCAUCACUUGUGAUUGGCAUGUCCCUGUCUUAUGAAUGGUAAGAAAUGUGCAUGCUCUGUGAGCUGGUCUCUUGAAACAGGGCUUAUGCCUUAUCUAUAUGUAUUCUGGUUGCAUUUUCUAAACAUGUAAGUUCACCGAGCACAGAUUUCUUAUCUGGAGAUAAGUAGAAUCUAACCACAGAUGGUUGGCAGAGUUUCCAGGCACUUAGCUCUGGCUUCUGUUCCUUCCACCUUGACUCCCUGACUCCCCAAAGGGCUUUGCUGUCACUGAGAGUCGGUCACAGGGAACUGUCCCCCCCCCCCUUUUUUUUUUUUACAAACUAAUGUCUGUAGAUAAGGCAGGCAUCAAAGCACCUGUCACAGUCCUCUUGGAGGAGAAUGAAAGGUUAUUUCCUGCUUUACACCAUCAUAGCUUUUAAUGUAAUACUGCAGAAUGACAUCCAUAUGGAGUCAGAGUUCAGGCAACUGGAUUUGAUCGCCUGACCCAGAUCCCAGUACCUUAACCUAGUAAGUCCACAGCCAUCUUGUCCUUUUUAGAAGAAGUAGUUUCCAUGUUAACAUGAGCAAUGCUAGAAACUGAGCAUUUCUAUUUCACCAAGUAAUGAAAUAGUCAGAGAAUGGGAUGACCCUACAUUAAAAAAAAAAUACAUAAUUUAGUUUGCAAGCUAUACUACUAUGCAUCUUUCUAUUUUCUUCAUUACUCAGUUCAUUUUAUAUUCACAAAGUGAAUUCAGAAAAUUAUUAAUUCUGGGUUGUGUAGUGAUAUUCUUUGGAUCUCUGGAUUUUGUGUGUCAGUAUGAGAAAUUUGUUAUUUAAGAUAUAUUUAUUUAGAGGAAGCACAUUAUUGUUGAUGUCUGUUAUUCACAUUUUUCAACCUUUCUUUGUAAGUUUAGUUGGUUGUUAACUGACUAUUAUAGACCCUACUGUAAUUUGUCAAAUAUUACUGAUUAUAUGACUUGUAUGGAAUUCACUAUGAAGUGUACUGCUAUUCUUAUUCAAAAUAGUGCACUGGUAUCCAAAAAAUAACAUGUAUUGCAGAUGUUAGGUAGAACUUAAGCAGCACAAGUCAAGUGCUAUAGAUGUUUUUCUGCUAAAUUAGUAGACUAAAGAUACUGUAUCUUAGCCAGAGGAAGCAGCACGUUUUCCUUUGGUAGAUAGGAUCUCUAUACUAGUGAACAGUGUCAGUUUCAUACUGUGGAUUUAGAACUGUUCUCUGGUUAUGGUAACACAGAAUACUACAAAUCCCUAAUUUACUUCAUGUCACUUAUUGGAAGUGGGGGUAGCAAAACAUGCCCAGGAAGAAAAUCUACUCUUUUUAGGCAUAGGUAGCCACCAGUUAUAAGGAAUUUAUAUUGUGAAACUUUGUGGGUUGUUUGCAACCUGGAAUGUAUUUUCCUUUAGAAAUCAGGUUAGGCACCCAGACCAGCUAGAAAUGAUUAUCAGACCCAUAGUUUAGCUGAAAUUGAAUAAUUUAAUAUGACUGCAAAAGGAACCAAGCCACCAAAUACGACUGGUUCCUGGGGGUGUUUGUUCAGAGCUGUCAAGAACAUCUCUGCCUGUUGCUAGUGGAAUCUAGACUGUUCAUCUCAGCCACAUAUCACCUGCUGGACAGAAUAAUGGUCUCCAGCAAAGAUGAGGGAGAAAAAGUCCAGAAAGCCUGGGGGUAGGAGGAGUGGAAGCAGGAUGAGGGGCCUCCAGGGGCGGGGGAUUGUAAGCGUUCCUCAGCUGGUACCUUUUCUUUCAUCCGGGGUCUCAGGCUGGACUUCUUUUGCUCCCAUAGUUCACCUCCUUUCCAGCCCAUUACAGAAAAGGACAUCACUGCAUAGCUUUUCCUAUGUACCAGGGUGUGGUGGAGGCCAGCACAUGACACUUGGAAUAGCCUUAGUGCUCUUGAUUGCAGUUUAAUUGCCCAGUAACCACAGGAAGGGUAAAAAGUCUCCACUUUCCUUUUCACAUACACCCUGUUGGAAAAAAAAAAAAAAAAAGAAAGAAAGAAAGGUACACAUCAGUUAGGGGGUGGAGGUAGGCAAAGGGCAGUGGUAAAAUUCCUCAGCAUCUUAGAGGACACCUCCCUUACUGCCAAGAGAGACUUCUUCCUGGAGCUGGACUCAAGCCUCCAAGCUGGUGGUUCUCAAAGUGCAUCCCCCAGACCAGCAGCAUCAGCAUCAUGCAUGAACCUGUUAGAAUGCACAUUCCCAGGCCUGGCUUCAGACUGAAAUUGGCCGCUCUCAGAAAGGGGCAGCAAUCUGAACAAGGCCUCCAGGUGAUGCUAAUGCACAUCAAGUUUAAGAACCGCUCUGGACUAAUUAGUUCUCUCCAUGAGUCCUAAUUCAGAAGAUAGUUUCCAGGCAAAAAAAAAUGGGAGCCCAGUCAGGGAGGGGAGGAAAACACCUCAGUGACUCUGCAAUGGCAGGAAAAGCAAAGGAAUCUCUUGCUGUCACCCGCUGUGCCCCCUCCCUCCAGAAUUACCAGUGCAGGUGCACACUCCAAAACUACACUUAGGGUUACUUCAGGUAAGGCACAGUGAGGAUGACAUUUUUAUAGCUGUGAAGAAAUCAAAGUAAGGCUUUUUUUUUUUCCUUUUCUUUUUUCUUUUUUUGAGGGAAAUUAAAAGAAAAUCCCUUUUGUAAAUGUAACCUUGGAGGAAAUACUGAAUUUGUGUCAGAAGUCAGUUUGCCACAGAGUGUGUUCGUGGGGGCAUCAAUCCUGUCCUCCUUUUAAAGUGAAUUCGCAGUCAGUGGUAGAGCACUUGCCUAGCAUGCACAAGGCCCUGGGUUCUAUCCACAAUGUAGCAAAAAUAAAUAAAGUGAAUUCUCUCCUGAUAGGUCUACACUGCUAAAGGAACUACAAACUGCUCUGAAAAGUAGCAAUUUGGCUCCAUUGCAGUGUAGCCCAGCAGUGGAGGGCACUAGUAAUUGGGGUGGGUAGAAGGUGGUGAUAAUACUGGAUAUUUGAUUUUGUGCCUUGGAGAAAAACCUUCCCUCCAUUUUUCAGUUUAAAUGACUUGGGGCUUAGGAAGGGCAUAGGCUUUAAGACUAAUUCCCUCCCUCAAGCAAAUGUCCAG